GGAGAAGGUGCCCGCAAAAGGCAAAAACCCAAACGCUCGUUAUCUCGACUUUAGACUUCCGCUCGCUGAUUGCCUCGAUAUCCUCCUCUCUUCGACAAGAGCAAUUAGCUACAGAGCAGCCUGUGAAGAGAUAUAUCGCUGUUGGAAUACUAGCUAUAAUCUAGAGCUUUACUAGACUGGUUAUAAUCGCAAGCAGCAAACCAGCCCGCCCGACUCCGCCGACGUUCACAUCGCUUAUCGCUACACCUUCCCACAAUGGCUCUCUUCUUCAAAUCCCCUCUCGACAUCGAGAUCCGUCUAGACAGCGAGGACAAGCGGAAACACGUCGACGUCCGUCUCGACAAAAGACGGAAGGAGAAAGUGCCCUUGUUUGUCGACGGCGAGACCGUCAAGGGGUCUGUUAUCGUCAGACCAAAGGAUGGACGCAGACUCGAGCAUAUUGGAAUUAAAGUCCAGUUUAUUGGAACAAUCGAAAUGUUCUCGGACAAAGGAAACACCUACGACUUUCUGACUCUCGGCCAAGAACUCGCCGCCCCUGGCGAACUACAGCACCCAGAGACCUACGAAUUCGAAUUCCGCAACGUCGAGAAGCAGUUCGAGAGCUACAACGGCAUCAACGUCCGUCUGCGCUACUUUGUCCGCGUCACCGUCGGCCGCCGGAUGGCAGACGUCAUCCGCGAAAAGGACCUCUGGGUGCACUCGUUCAACAUCCCGCCAGACACCGUCAGCUCGAUAAAGAUGGACGUCGGUAUCGAGGAUUGCUUGCACAUUGAGUUUGAGUACUCCAAAUCCCGCUACCAUCUCAAGGACGUCAUCGUCGGCCGCAUUUACUUCCUCCUCGUCCGUCUGAAAAUCAAACACAUGGAGCUCUCUAUUAUCCGCCGCGAGACCACCGGCGCGCCGCCUAACCAAUACAACGAGAGCGAGACCCUGGUCCGGUUCGAGAUCAUGGACGGCGCUCCCGUUCGCGGCGAGACGAUCCCAAUAAGACUGUUCUUGGGCGGCUUCGACCUCACGCCUACCUACAGAGACGUCAACAAGAAGUUCUCCACCCGUACCUUCCUGUCGCUCGUCCUUAUCGAUGAGGAUUCGCGGAGAUACUUUAAGCAGAGUGAGAUUGUAUUGUACAGACAGCCAUGAGAUUAAUCAAGUAUUUUGGUAAUGGCCAGGGGUAUAGGAGGGGGAAGGGGUUAAUGCGAUUGUGUCGGUUUGGUUU